GAUUUCACAGCCGAGGCAACGCGCGGUUUCGGGCCCCGUCCGUUGCGGCCACCGCCAAGUGCGCCCAGCCAAUACUUUCAGCAGGACAGCACAGGACACCGCCAGCAUGGCUCGAGAAGUGCAGUUCGACGAAGAGCACGAACUGCGCGAAGCAUGCGGGGUGUUUGGCUGCAUCGCGAGCGGAGAGUGGCCGAGCAACUUGGACGUGAGCCACAUAAUCUGCCUCGGACUUGUCGCCCUGCAGCACAGAGGACAGGAAAGUGCUGGUAUUGUGACAAGCCAGGGUGAAAGCCUCAAGAAGUUCGCUGUUCACAGAGGAAUGGGCCUUGUGAGCAAUGUUUUUAAUGAGGACUCCAUGACGAAACUGAAGGGAAAUCUUGGUGUAGGCCAUACACGUUAUUCAACCACCGGCGGCUCGGAGCACGAAUUGGCUCAGCCUUUUGUUGUACAUACAAACCACGGCCUGCUUGCCAUAGCUCACAAUGGAGAGCUGGUAAACGCCAUUGCUCUUCGCAGGAAGAUCCUCAACAAGGGUGUGGGGCUAACGACAGGAUCGGAUUCUGAGCUAAUCAUGCAAAUUCUGAGUCAGCCUCCGCCAUCGGGAGAAGAGGAAGAUGGCCCCAAUUGGCCAGCACGCAUAAGGCAUCUCAUGACCCUGACACCUACGGCGUAUUCGCUCAUUAUGAUGUACGAUGACACCAUCUAUGCAGUUCGUGACCCGUUUGGAAACAGACCACUGAGCAUAGGGGUCCUAGUUCCACCCAGUGGAAUCAAAGACAAAACCAACCCACAGUUUGAAUAUGAAGGUUGGGUUGUGUCGUCAGAGUCCUGUGCCUUCAAGUCCGUCAGCGGAGUGCUUUACCGCGAAGUACUUCCAGGUGAAAUUGUGGAGAUUACGAAACAUGGGCCCAAGUCAGUCUGCGUGGUUCCGAGGCCCUACACUGCGCCUCCAGCAUUUUGCAUUUUUGAAUACGUUUAUUUUGCAAGGCCAGACAGCAUCUUUGAAGGUCAAAUGGUUUACACUGUAAGGAGGGAAUGCGGCAAGCAGCUUGCCCGAGAAGCUGCUGUUGAGGCCGACAUUGUCAGCACGGUACCAGAGUCUGCAACCCCUGCUGCACUUGGGUUUUCCGAGAUGACGGGGAUACCAUACGCAGAAGUCCUCUGCAAAAACCGUUAUGUCGGCCGCACUUUCAUUCAACCAAGCACUCGUCUAAGACAGCUUGGUGUUGCGAAAAAAUUUGGCCCGCUGUCCGACAACUUCCAUGGCAAGCGCAUCAUUCUCAUUGAUGACUCCAUUGUGCGAGGCACUACUGUGGGAAGCAUCAUCAAGUUGCUCAAGGAGGCUGGUGCUAAAGAGGUGCACAUCCGCAUCGCCUCGCCUCCUCUGCACUACCCGUGUUACAUGGGUAUAAACAUUCCAACGAAGGAGGAGCUCAUUGCCAAUACGCUGGAUGCCAAGCAGCUGGCAGACACACUCGGGGCUGCCAGCCUAGUCUACCUAUCCGUCGAAGGUCUGACCGCUGCUGUUCAGAGGGGCGUCCAACGUCCCAACGGUGGCAACAAGGAGGUCGGCCACUGCACAGCAUGCCUCACUGGGAAGUACCCGGUCCAACUUGAGUGGUAGCUGAACAGUCGUGGCUGCAAAUUUUAGUAACAAUAAACAGGUUUGAGUCUGUUC